AUGGCGGCGGAGAGGGAGCACGCACUAGCGGCCCUUGUGAUGUUCCGAAAAUUCGAUCCGCCAGUAUUUGACGGGGAGAAGGUCGAGCCUUGGAUGGUCGAGUCAUGGGUAGACUCGAUGGAGACCUUGUUUGAGGACCUCUACACGUUAGAGAGGGACAAAGUGCACCUCGCCACACGUUGUUUGGAGCGGAAGGCGAAAGUGUGGUGGAAGUGGAUUAAGCGGGAUCGGUCUUCCGACCUUCCGCCGUUGACGUGGGAGGAAUUUCAGGGUUUGCUAUUUACUAAUUACUUCCCCGAUAGUGAGAAGAAAAAGCUCCAGGAGCAGUUCAGAAAGUUGAAGCAGGGUAACCGCUCGGUAGGGGAGUAUGAGCGGGAGUUCUCACACAUUAUAAACUGCGUCCCCGACGUAGUGCGGGACGACAGGGAUCGAGCGGAUUGGUUCGAGCGAGGACUCCGGCCGGAUAUCUAUAGGGCGGUUCACAUUCUUAAGCUCACUUCCUUUGCGAAGAUGUUAGAUCGGGCGUUGUGGGCGGAGCAGGGUAAUGCCCACGUCCGUGAGGAGCGCGAAGCAUUCGAGAGGGACGGUGGAAAGAAGCGGGCUCAAAGUGGCUCGAGAGCUCAGUCAAAGUCAAGAAAGUCCCCGAAGUACCCGCGAACUCAGUCCAAGGGCCGUAGACCUCAGCGGUGUGCUAUUUGUGGUGGAAAUCAUGUACCAAGGGCUUGCGGGAAGCGGGAAGGAAAGUGCUUCACUUGCGGUCAGGCGGGACAUAUCAGUUGA